AUGAUCCCCAACCGGCUGAAGGUCAGCUCUUCGGUGUCCAGGCAGGAAGAAGAGGCGAUGGAUGGCAAGACUGGCUCUGAGCCGGACAGAGACCGUGCCACUUCAGGGCACGGCCAGGGGCUGAAGUCGGAGACCUGUUUCCAGACCCACUCUCUCUUGCCUUCCCCCAGUGCGUCCUUGAUAUCACAACUCCUAAGCCACCCGAUGGCUGGCAGAAGCCUGGAUCCCACCAUCCUUUUCCCUUCCUCUCAGGCAGUGGCCCUGCCUCAGGACUACGAGCGUGGUGCAUCUCCCGGAGAAGGAGUGCAGGGCCUGGCUUUCCCCAGGACCCAUGCCCCGGCUCCCGUGCCCUGUGCUGGCAACAGGGACCAGCUCUCCGACCAGCACCUACAGGACCAGCUCUCCAACCAGCACCUACGAGCCAAGCGGGCCAGGGUGGAGAGCAUCAUCCAAGGCAUGAGCCUCCCACCAACCCCUCAGGCAUUUGGCACAAGCCUGGAGGCCGCUUUUGGGCACGAGAGGGAGAGGGGUGGCAAGAUGCCCUGGGAGAGCAAGAGGAAGCCGAGGGCGCCCCAGCAGGGCACAGGGGCGGCCGGGCGAGUGGCCCCCGAAGGUGCUGAGAAAGUGCAUCCACUGCCUGGCAAGCCUGGAGACAGACCGGACAAGGACAGUGCCACUGCCACCAGCGAUCUGCACCAAGCGCCUCUCUGGAGGAGCGACCUGGAGCUGCAUGGGCCGGAGGAGGAUGAGGACAGAGGCAACACAGGUGGCCUGUCCUCGGCAGCAAGAGUCCUCUCGCAGGCGCUGAAGCACGAGCUGGCCGGGGUGACGUCCCGGGUGGUGGAUUCUGUCCUGAAGACCAUCUGGCCGAAGGCAGCCAGCCACCUCCUGCAGCAGCAUUGCAGCCUCCCGGUGCCAGGGCCAGAUGCCAGGAGAGAGCAUUUUGCUGCUGGUAAAUGCAGAAAGUCACUUGCUAAGCCAUCUCCCAUGAACGCACCGGGCUCACUGGGCUCACCCCAGGCUGAGGCCCUGUCAGGAGCUGUGGGGAAGAGCCCAGGCUCUCACGCUGGCUCCUUCAGUUCAAAGGGGGUCAGAGAACCCUCUCAGGUACCCAGAGUGGGUUAUUCGCUGGGCUCGGCUGCCCCCGUCCAGGACAGCCAGCUGCUGAGCCAGCUGCUGGGCUAUGGCGAGCACGGCCUCUGGGGCAGCGGCUCUCGCGGCACCCCCUCUGCUCCGGAGAGAGGUCCUUCAGAGCCCCUCGACUUGCACUGGGGAACCAUCAAACUGAGGUCAUCAGUCGUCAGACAGCAGAAGCAGCAGCAGCAUCCCCUGCCCCUGAGCCCUGCUGCCAUGGAGAGCCUGGCGCUGCUGCCGGCUGGCAGGGAUGGCCACAGGGAGGUGCAGGCUGCAAUGGAUGGGGCACCCUUCGCCUCCACCCAUAUGCAGGAGGCGCUGACCCCCGGCCACCUGAAGAAGGCCAAGCUGAUGUUUUUCUUCACCCGCUACCCCAGCUCCACUCUGCUGAAGACCUAUUUCCUCGACGUGCAGUUCAGCCGCUGCAUCACCUCCCAACUCAUCAAGUGGUUCAGCAACUUCCGUGAGUUUUACUACAUCCAGGUGGAGAAGUUUGCCCGUCAGGCCCUGCUGGAGGGCGUCGUGGACGCUGGCACCCUCCGGGUCUCCCGGGACUCGGAGCUUUUCCGCGCCCUCAACAUGCACUAUAACAAGGGGAACGACUUCGAGGUGCCAGGGCGGUUCCUGGAGGUGGCCAGCCUGACGCUGCGGGAGUUCUUCAGCGCCGUCAGGGUGGGCAAGGAUGCUGACCCCUCCUGGAAGAAACCCAUUUACAAAAUCAUUUCCAAACUGGACAGCGACAUCCCGGAAGGAUUCAAAGCCGCCAGCUGCUCCCAGGAACUGCUCCGCAGCUGA